AUGGGUUGUAAAAUCUUAAAUUUGCUGCUUUUGAUAUUCAUAUCAAAUAUUGCAGUUUCUUAUGCUGAAAGAUGUAGAACAUAUACUUUUUCAAGUAACACAACAUACGCAUCAUGUGUUUCUUUACCUGUUUUAAACUCCCACCUUCACUGGAACUAUUACAACACUAAUGGAACCGUGGACGUGGCUUUUCGCCACACGGGCUCCACCAUGUAUCAAUGGGUUGCUUGGGCACUUAACAUUCGUGGGUCGGGCAUGAUUAAUGCUCAAGCCCUUGUUGCUUUACCAACCCCAAAUGGGUCAAUUGAAGCUUAUACUUCAUCCGUAGAAGGGAAUGCAACAACUUUGCAACGAAGUGCGUUGAGCUUUGAUGUUCCGGCGAUCAGGGCUGAGAGAGUUGGUGGUGAUGUGAUUAUUUAUGCUACUUUGGUUUUGCCUAAUGGGUCAACUAACUUUAACCAAGUUUGGCAAGUGGGUCCGGUUACUAAUGGUGUCCCCGCUACUCAUGCUUUGGACACGGCUAGCCGGAGUUCUAUUGGAAUGGUUGACUUUUCAACCAGCCAGACUGGUGCUGGUGGUAGCGUUGACGGCUCACGACAACGCCUGAAAAAUACUCACGGAGUAUUGUGUGCGAUUAGUUGGGGAAUAUUAAUGCCAAUCGGAGUUGUAACUGCUAGAUAUAUGAUGAAAAAGAAAAAAAGACCUUGGUUUUUUGCAGAUGAUAAAGUAGAAAAAAAGUUUGGGUUUUACUUCCAUGUUACAAUACAAACAAUCGCCUAUGUUCUUGGAGUUGCUGGAUGGGCCACUGGCCUCAAGCUUGGUGGUGCCUCGGCUGGAUCCACACACAAAGUUCACAGAAAUAUUGGAAUCACCAUGUUUGUGUUUGGAACACUUCAGGUUCUUGCUCUGAAAAUGAGGCCUAAAGAAACGAGCGAAUUCAGAACUUGUUGGAAAUUCUGUCACCGGCUUUUUGGAUGUUUGGUAAUCAUAUUGAGCUUCAACGUCUUCAUAGGACUUGAUAUCUUGGACCCUAUUAAGAAGUGGAAGUCGGCAUACAUCGGCACAGUUAGCACGAUGGCGGCUAUUACGAGUAUAUUAGAAAUAGCGACAUGGUUAAUGUAGCUAAUGUGUGAUCUGGUCUUCCAUUGUAGAUGGGGGAGAAGGAAGGUAUCUGUUUUCUUAGAUGUCAUAUAUGGUUGGAUAUAUUAUUGUU